CACAGUGGAUAAGGGAUCAGCUUCAAAUUCUUCUUGGAUGAAGAACACAACAGACACACUCUUCCUGCCAUGAUUCUCUCCCUUCAUCUCUAAUUCUGUUCCAUUUCUCCACUUCAGAAGUUCCAACUCCUUCAUCAAUGGCCUCCAAGAUUCUCCCUCAGGCCGUGUUUUCCAUUCCGAGAACCCCCAACCAAUGCGCGCCGAGGAAAUUAGGGUUUUGUUCCGCAAUUUAUGGUAACCGGCUUUCGUUUUCUACUCUUUCCUCGAGUUCAAUCGGCUGCCAUUUUCACCAUGCCGUUGCGGGGCCGGUGAAACGGACUUUUGUUGUGAGAGCUGAGGCAAAUUCUGAAGCGGAAGCGGCGGAAGAAGCUCCCGAAGUUGAAGUAGAAGGAGUAGUGGAAUCUGAUGCUCAGCCUGAGGAGGUGAAACCGCCGAGAAAACCUCGAGUUAAGCUUGGGGAUGUAAUGGGGAUACUUAAUAAGCGGGCAGUUGAGGCAUCAGAGAAGGAAAGGCCGAUUCCAGACAUUAGAACUGGUGAUAUUGUGGAAAUUAAACUGGAAGUUCCAGAAAAUAGGCGUAGGCUUUCUGUUUAUAGAGGAAUUGUGAUAUCAAAACAAAAUGCUGGCAUCCACACAACGAUUAGAAUUCGAAGAAUUAUUGCUGGUGUAGGUGUGGAGAUUGUAUUUCCACUGUACUCACCAAACAUCAAAGAACUUAAAGUGGUAAGCCACAGGAAGGUGAGGAGGGCAAGGUUAUAUUAUUUGAGAGACAAACUACCAAGACUCUCUACUUUCAAGUGAAACACCCCAAUGGCAUCUCCUUACACUUUUCCCUUCCCUGUUUUUUCAUUGAACGUGGAUGUGUUGUAUGUUGUUAUAAUUCAUUUUUGUGUAUUGACGCUAUUCCCCUCCUUCAUUAACAUUUAGUAGUCUAAUGAUAUAUGAGCAGCAGGGGUGUAAUGAAAGAUAUUGUCUUGGAUUCGCUAGCUCGCACCAUGUUCCCAAGCUUCUUUGCCAUGCUGAUGCCAUUAUCUUGGCUUCUUCUCA